AUGCCCUCCGAACCUACCAAGCCAUCCAACGCGGGUAUCAUCACGGAUGAUGCCGGCGAACGCCAGAUUCCCGAGUCGAAGCGAGCAGACGGCAGCGUCCGUAAAGCCAUCAAAGUGCGUCCCGGCUACCGCCCUCCUGAAGAUGUCGAAGUAUACAAGAACCGCACUGCCGCAGGGUUCCGCGAUCGCGCGACAAGAGGUGGCCUGAAGGAGGAAAAGCCAGACGCCUCCUCCGCCGCGAGUAAUAAGAAUGCAAAGCGCCGGGAAGCGCGAAAGAAGGCCAAGGCCUCCGGCGAGGAGGAAGGGGACGAUACGAAGCAGUCCGGUGGCGACGGUAACGCUGCCAAGGCCGAAGAGGCCGACCCUGAAGUCGAGAGAGAAAAGAAGGCUCGGAAUCUUAAGAAGAAGCUGAAGCAGGCAAAGGACCUCAAGGACAAAAAGGAAGGCGGAGGGACGCUUCUGCCCGAGCAGAUCGCCAAGGUCAUCAAGAUCAACGAGCUUAUCCGCGAACUCGAUGCUUUGGGUUUCGAUGCUGAAGGAGAGCCCAAAACUGCCAAUGGAGCGAACGGGGAUUCUAAUGCCAAGGAAUCACCCAAGGAAGCCUAA